AUAUAUAUAUAUAUAUAUAUAUACGUCUUCGAUUUAAUUAUUUUCUGGAAAUUAAUUACGAUCGCGAAAGAAGAAGUAGAUAUUUCGACUUUAAAAAAGAAAAUUAUUUAUUUUCGAUUUUUCCUAUUUGAAUCGGACCGGGCUUUUGGUGGUUUUGGGGCAAAAUGGCCCAGAGGUCGGUGCCGGCGCCGUUUUUGACAAAGACUUAUAAUCUGGUUGACGAUCGGGAAAGCGACGACGUCGUAUCGUGGAACGACGGCGGCACGGCUUUUGUUGUCUGGAAAACCGCGGAGUUUGCGAAGGAUUUGUUGCCCAAUUAUUUCAAGCACAACAAUUUCUCAAGCUUUGUUCGCCAGCUUAAUACCUAUGGUUUUCGUAAAACCGUACCCGAUAAAUGGGAAUUCGCCAACGAGAACUUCAAGCGAGGGCAGAAGGAUCUCCUCGUCCACAUUCGCCGUCGAAAAAAUGCACCCGCAGUGGCUAAGACCGCGGCCGCUGCGGUAGCCGAAAACCUCGCUUCGCCGGAAUUCUCCGGCGAGGAUCCCGGAUCGAGCUCCACCUCAUCCCCAGAUUCCAAAAAUCCUAACUCGGCCGAGACCCAAGCAUCGGCUCAGCUAGCUGAUUUGUCCGGCGAGAACGAGAAAUUGAAAAAAGACAACCAGAUCCUGAGUUCCGAACUCGCACAGACCAAAAGGCAGUGCGACGAGUUAAUAGCCUUUCUGACCCGACGCGUGAAGGUGGCACCGGAGCAGAUCCGCCGCAUCAUGAAUCUCGAAUCAGAUUCGGCCGCCGCCGAUUCGGCCGAUGGCGGCAUAAAAUCUGAUUUUGGCGGUGAUGAAGAAAACGAGAACUCUAUGAGGCUCUUCGGGGUGGUGGUGAAAAAGAAGAGGGGUUGUAAUGAGAAUAAUGAAUUUUCAGGGCCUCAAAAUAAAGAAAUGAAAAUGAGUCUUGAAGUUUGCGUGCCCUGGAUGAAAAUGUCUACAUCACCUAGGGAGGGCAGCAAGGUCUGUAACUGACCAUAGGGGUCGUGCCACGUGUGGAGGGGUCAAAAUAAAGAAGGGUGUUUUCGAGUGGGUGAAUGUUUUAUAUUUAUGCAGUUGUGACUUUUCUGUGAGGUGGAAGAUCAAAAAAGCCAAUGGGUUUUCCGUCUCGAAUUUAAAGGUUUAUAUCAAUGAAAAUUUCAAUCUGAAGGUUUGUGUUGUUGUAGUUUGGUAUAACGGACGGGAUUAUGUAUCUUAAUGUAGUUACAGAUUUAUCAUAAUAAUAAUAAAUAACCAUACUGAUUUUGUGCAGUCUUGUGAUAUAAGUUUCUUGGAGUUGGAGCUUCUUCUUUUUUCGAACGAUGUUUAUAGUCAAUAAAAACG